AGGUGAAAAAAGUAUAAAUAUUUGCAUAUUUGAGUCUCGAGGUCGCAAAAUCUCUCGUAACUUGACGGCCAUUUGAAAAUAAAAGUAAAAAUGUCUGAAUCGAUGGGUCACUGUGAAAACUGUCUAAAUAUGAGAAAAUAAAGGGUGGCAGAUGGCGAACAUAAGAAGAUCGAGGAAUUUUAUUCAGGUUGGAUUUGUCUUUUUGGUGCUAUUCCUGAUAUUGUGUUUCAUAUACAAAGUCUCAUCAGGACUCAGAAGAUCAGGUAAAAGUCUGAAUGACCCUGUUAUAUACACUUUUCGUGAUGUUGCAUGGAAUAGAAACGUAUCUGUUUGUAAAAGGGAACAACUACAGCUAUUAAAAUCAAAACAUUAUUUCCAGAAAGGUGUUAUAAAAUCUGAGUAUGGGGUAGUAGAUAUAUACAUAAAUAACCCGAAAGAAGACAUUGUAUCUCACGACAUCCAUAAUAAAAAUGUAUGGGAACCUUGGGGUAUCAAUACUGUGUACAAAUUCAUUCGGCACGAUCCUUCAAUCGGCGUGAUUGAUAUUGGUGCAAACAUAGGUGUUAUUGCACUACAGUUAGCUAAUAUGGGAAGGAAGGUUAUUGCUAUAGAGCCAACACCCCAAAAUACACAGCAUCUGUGUGCCUCUAUUAUAGAGAAUGGGUAUUGUGAUCGGAUCACCGUUGUUCAUAAUGCCCUUAGCAACGAUCACCAAGAUGUACCAUUUGCGUUUCCAAGUAAAGGAGAGUAUGCAUUAGGAUUUGUAGACCAAGGAAAAGACAAUGUGGUAAAGGAAAUGUCAAAGCUGUUUGGAAAUUUCUAUAGUAAAAAUACAGUUCCCUUGAAAGCUGCUAUUUUGGAUGAUAUCAUGACUCUUCCGGAAUUCAAAGCAAUGCAAAAAGUAUUCAUAAAAAUAGAUGUCCAAGGUUUUGAACAUAAGGUGUUUGAAGGUUCAGAGAAACUGUUUCAGUCCGGAAAGGUGAACGGAGUAUUUAUUGAAUGGUACUAUCACAGAAACACGACAUCUGGAAAAUUCCUUUUACAAAAAUUUCAAGAAUUUGAUUUUGAACCUUUCUUCUGUAGUGACGUUUUACAAGACGUUUCUUCUAAUCUUGAUACUCCGUGUGAAAAAAUAGAUGUUAAAAGGUCUGGUUCAUGGGGGACCGAUGUUGUAUGGCUACCUCGAGGAAAAUAG